ACAUGGCUUCUGAAGUAGAGGCGGGCAGCGCUGCAGCGGCGGAGUCGGAGACCGGAGAAGGAGAGACCUCAUUUGGAGAACUCCCCACCAGCAUGGACACCGAAUCCUCCAACGGAAAAGAGGGAAUGGAGGCGGCCGGGGACGGCUCGGAGGCCGCCGACACCCUCACCGGAUCCGGAGACGAGGAGAGCGGGAGGCAGCUGGGCGAGGUGGAGCUCCAGUGUGCCCUGUGCAUGAAGUGGUUCACGGCGGACACGUUCGGCAUCGACACGGCAACCUGCCUCCCCUUCAUGACCAACUAUGUGUUCCACUGCAACGUGUGCCACCACAGCGGCAACACCUACUUCCUCAGGAAACAAGCAAACCUGAAGGAGAUGUGUCUCACAGCGCUGGCCAACCUGACGUGGCGAUCGAGAACACAAGACGAGCACCCGAAGACCAUGUUCUCCAAAGACAAGGACAUCAUCCCGUUCAUCGAUAAGUACUGGGAGUGCAUGACGACCCGGCAGAGACCCGGGAAGCUCACCUGGCCCAACAACAUCGUGAAGACCAUGAGUAAAGAGCGAGAUGUUUUCCUGGUGAAGGAGCAUCCGGACCCCGGCAGCAAAGACGCAGAGGAGGAAUACCCCAAGUUCGGCCUUCUGGAUCAGGACCUGGGGAACAUCGGACCCUCGUACGACACUCAGAAACAGACCACAGCGACGCCCACCGCCGGCGGCCUCAAUGGUGGAUCUUCUUUCUCAGGUGCUUUGGCGCCCGGUCCAGGAAAAGGAAGAGGAGCCAAACGUAAACAGCAGCAGCAGCAGGAGGGAACGGCGGCCGGAGCAGCCAAGAGAACCCGGAGUGACCCACUGUUCUCGGCCCAGCGGCUGCCUCCUCACGGCUACCCUCUGGAACACCCCUUCAACAAAGACGGUUACCGCUACAUCCUGGCGGAGCCGGACCCCCACGCUCCGGACCCAGAGAAGCUGGAGCUGGACUGCUGGGCCGGCAAACCCAUCCCCGGAGACCUGUACCGGGCCUGCCUGUACGAGCGGGUGCUGCUGGCUCUGCACGACAGAGCGCCGCAGCUGAAGAUCUCUGACGAUCGGCUGACGGUCACCGGCGAGAAGGGCUACUCCAUGGUCCGAGCCUCGCACGGGGUCCGGAAAGGCGCCUGGUACUUCGAGGUCACCGUGGACGACAUGCCUCCCGACACGGCAGCCAGACUGGGCUGGUCACAGCCGCUCGGCAACCUGCAGGCGCCGCUGGGCUACGACAAAUUCAGCUACUCGUGGCGCAGUAAGAAGGGAACCAAGUUCCACCAGUCCAUGGGGAAGCACUACUCCUCCGGGUACAGCCAGGGAGACACGCUGGGCUUCUUCAUCGAGCUGCCCGACGAGACGGAGACGGCCAAGGCUCUGCCGGACACGUACAAGGACAAGGCGCUGAUCAAGUUCAAGAGCUACCUGUACUUUGAGGAGAAGGACUACGUGGACAAAGCCGAGAAGAGCCUGAAGCCGAUGGACCCGAGCAGGAUGAUUUUCUACAAAAACGGACUCAACCAAGGCGUCGCCUACGAGAACCUGUUCGAAGGCCUCUACUUUCCCGCCAUCUCCCUGUACAAGAGCUGCACGGUUUCGGUCAACUUCGGGCCGCAUUUCAAAUUCCCUCCGAAGGAUGUGAAGUACCAACCGAUGAGCGACAUGGGCUGGGGCGCGGUGAUCGAGCACACGCUGGCGGACAUGCUGUACCACGUGGAGACGGAGGUGGACGGGCGCCGCAGCCCGCCGUGGGAGGGAUGAGGCGCCGCCGGACCCUCAGUACAGACACCGCGCCUCCGUCACACGGCAGCGUAGAUACUGUAGGUCAACUCUCACCACCUCCAAGCUAAAAAAAAAAACGAAAACUGCAACUGUGAUGCUUCAAUGGUCAGAAAAACAUUCCACCUUCUGGUGCUCUGCCUUCACAUGUGCGUACUUUGAAGUGGGGUUCACAUUAAAUCGACUCGUCUCCUGCAGCCAGACAGACUCACACACACACACACACACACACUUCACUCUGUCCUCCGGCACUCGUCAGUGUUUCAUGUUGUAAUUUUGUUUGACAGUGUGCGUGCCUCUUAUUUACUGUUUUAUACUCUGAGUUGAAUAAUAAAAGAAGACGACGACACAU